GCUCCUAGUUCCAGUGACCAAUUUUCCUGCGGUGUGUCUGUCUUCAGGAGUGACUGACAUGUGGCAGUUGAAGUACAGACUGUCUCCUCUGUCCAGCUCUUCUCCCUCCCUCACAUCUCCCCUUCACACACCUUCUCACCACUACCUCUCCUACCUCUUACGGAGCCAGUCUAUGGAGCAGAAGGCAACAAUGGUUCAUCUCAUACGUCAGUCAAUAGGAGAGCUUCAAGAUACAGCGACGACAAGCGACAGCAGCUCUCCACACCCCCUCCCCUCUCCUCUCCACAACCCCUCUCCACUGGCACAUCCUCACAACUCACACCUCAGCUCCUACUCUCCCUCCCACAGACACCCUCUCCUCCCUCCCUCACACUCCUCACCACGUCACACUCGUCCCAGGUCGAACUCCCAGCCACACCUCCAAAACCUCACCCCCUCUCCACACCCCUCACCACUGGCACACUCUCACCAUCUCCCCUCCCUCACUGAUCUCAGCAAACACUAAAAACUAAUUAGUAUCGCUGCAUUGUUAAAGCACAGCUGUGACAAUAAAUCCGCAAUCUAUAGCACACAGUGUAAUGAAUAUAUAAGCAACUACACUGUCAUAAUAAAUGUGGCAAGGUCUGUGUAUAGUAGAUAAUUUGUCCGAGGCCACUUUAGGUAUAGUUAUGCAACAGAGUAACUGACUACUUCACAUAGAGUUCCAUGAACUCAACUGGAGAAUCAUCAGCAGUAUCCAAUCGACACAGUCUGGCUUCUAUAGGGUCAGAGGUGGGGCUGGGGAGUGUCUUAGUGAAGUAUGGAGGAUUGUUGAAUGAGCAACAGCUACUGUUGCUACCACAACCUUCACCAUCCCAGAGAGGAUCAUCUGGAUGAAAACCACUUACUGAUCCUGAGUUGACUCCUGAUUCACAGAAAUACUCUCCAACCACAAAUGAUGGGAUGGUAAUGUUGAUGCUAGCAUCACAAGGACAGGCAUCAAUCCAAGUGGGUCGGAUCUCAGAAGCACCAGCAGCAAAUGUCCAGAUGUG